CAGUCGGAUGGCAUAAUAGAAAUGCUACGUUUCGAUGAAGGAGACCUAUUGCAGACUGAGACAACAAUUGGCCUCAGUUCAUAUCAACAGAAAAGUGUAUCCUUGUAUCGGGGAAAUUGCCGACCUCUCCGGUUUGAGCCACCAAUGCUGGACUUCCACGAACAGCCAGUUGGAAUGCCAAAAAUGGAAAAAGUUUACCUACAUAAUCCUAGCUCAGAAGAAACAAUUACAUUAGUAUCAAUAUCUGCUACUACAUCACACUUCCAUGCAUCGUUUUUCCAGAAUAGGAAAAUUCCUCCAGGAGGCAAUACGUCCUUCGAUGUAGUUUUCCUCGCGAGAGUAGUGGGGAACGUGGAGAACACUUUAUUUAUUAACACUUCUAAUCAUGGGGUAUUUACUUACCAGGUGUUUGGCAUUGGAAUACCGAACCCCUAUCGGCUGCGCCCUUUUAUUGGGGCAAGAGUUCCUGUAAAUAGCAGUUUUUCUCCUAUAAUAAAUAUCCACAACCCUCACAGUGAACCAUUGCAGGUGGUGGAAAUGUAUUCCAGUGGGGGUGAUCUCCACUUGGAGCUCCCAACGGGGCAGCAGGGAGGUACAAGGAAGCUGUGGGAAAUUCCUCCCUAUGAAACGAAAGGAGUGAUGAGAGCCAGCUUUUCUUCCAGAGAAGCGGAUAAUCAUACAGCUUUCAUUAGAAUAAAAACAAAUGCCUCAGACAACACAGAAUUUAUCAUUCUCCCUGUUGAAGUAGAAGUUACAACAGCUCCRGGAAUCUAUUCAUCCACAGAAAUGCUAGAUUUUGGUACACUACGGACACAAGAUCUGCCAAAAAUUUUAAACCUGCACUUACUAAAUUCAGGAACAAAAGAUGUGCCAAUUACAAGUGUUAGACCUACGCCACAGAAUGAAGCUAUAACAGUGCAUUUCAAGCCAGUAACGUUAAAAGCCUCUGAAAGUAAAUACACCAAAGUUGCAAGCAUUAGCUUUGAUGCAUCUAAAGCGAAAAAAGCAUCGCAGGCUUCAGGCAAAAUAACUGUGAAAGCAAAAGAGAAGAGCUACUCCAAACUUGAAAUACCAUAUCAAGCAGAAGUGUUGGAUGGAUAUUUGGGGUUUGAUCAUGCUGCCACACUCUUUCAUAUCCGUGACAGUGCUUCUGAUUCCGUGGAAAGACCAAUCUACUUAACAAACACGUUCAGUUUUGCAGUCCUCAUACAUGAUGUUUUGUUACCAGAAGAAGCAAAACCAAUGUUUAAAGUUCAGAACUUCAGCAAACCUGUCUUAAUUCCACCUAAUGAAUCCAGAUAUAUUUUUACACUUCAUUUUAUGCCUUCCACAUCAUCUGUUCAUAUAGAUAACAAUAUUUUACUCAUCACCAACGCUUCUAAAUUUCACCUACCUGUCAGAGCAUACACAGGGUUUUUAGAUUACUUUGUGCUGCCUCCAAGAGCUGAGGAACGAUUUAUAGAUUUUGGAAUACUGAGCGCAGCAGAAGCUACUAGCAUUUUAUUUGCAGUCCUCAACAGCAAUCCAAUAGAGCUGGCUAUAAAAAGUUGGCAUAUUAUAGGGGAUGGUUUGGCCAUAGAACUCCUAACAACKGAAAAAGGAAACAGGACAACAAUAAUUGCAAACCUUCCUGAGCUGCAAAACGCUGGUGCGUCAGAUCAGUCUUCAGUGAUACUGACAUCUGGUUAUUAUGCUGUGUUUAGAGUAAAACUAAUAGCAAAAGAACUUGAAGGAAUUCAUGAUGGAGCUGUACAAAUCACAACAGAUUAUGAGAUUUUAACUAUACCAGUGAAGGCAGUAAUUGCUGUAGGCUCCCUGACGUGCUCCCCAAAACACGUUUUUCUUCCRCCAUCCUUUCCAGGGAAAGUAGUCCACCAGAGCCUGAACAUUAUGAACUCCUUCUCCCAGAAAGUGAAAAUACAGCAGAUACGCUCCCUAUCUGAGGAUGUGAGGUUCUAUUAUAAGAGGCUGAGAAGUAAUAAAGAAGACUUAGAGCCAGGAAAAAAAUCCAAGAUAGCAAAUAUUUAUUUUGACCCCGGUUUGCAGUGUGGGGAUUAUUGUUAUGUAGGAUUACCAUUUUUAUCUAAAUCGGAAUCUAAAAUUCAGCACAACUUAGCAAUGCAAGAAGAUGCAUGGGAUUCUGACUGGGAUUUGCAUGAGAACUUGUACAGAGGCUGGAUGGAAAUAAAAGAGAAAUCAAGUCAUCGACCGAGUGCCAUGUUCGAGGUAGACACRGAUCUGCAGAAGGAGGUGCGGGUGAAGGUGACGGCAGAGCUGGCCUGGCCGUCGGUGCUCAGCUCCCCGCGCCGCCUCACCUUCCCCCUUACCAACACAAACGGCUCCUCAGAGGAAGACAUUUUUCUAGAAAAUCCAGCUGACGUUCCUGUGUAUGUUCAAUUCCUUCCUGUAGCUCUGUAUUCUAACCCAGCCACCUUUGUCGAUAAGCUCUCGGAACGGUUUAAUUUGAGUAAACCUACAAAUUUCAAUCCGAGAACUCUAGAAUUCCAAGUCUUCAGAAACUCUGUCCAACCGCUGCAGAGCACUGUGGGACUUGCAAAGGGCCUGGCUCGGCAUUCAAUCUUAAGCCUAAUAUUAAAACCUGGAGAAAGAAAGUCUGUCAAAGUAAAAUUCACUCCAGUUCUUAAUAAAACUGUUUCAUCCUUAAUUGUUAUCAGAAAUAACUUGACAGUAAUAGAUGCCCUACUGGUGCAAGGGCAGGGAACGACGGAGAGCUUGAGGCUGGCAGGCAAACCUCCCGGGCCGGGGAGUUCUUUACGCUUUAAAAUCACGGAARCCUUGCUGAGGGACUGCUCGGAGAAAAUGAAAUUAAGAGAACCAAAUUUCACACUGAGAAGAACUUUCAAAGUGGAAAAUACAGGGCAGCUGCAGAUCAACGUGCAAUCCAUGGAAAUCAGUGGAUAUACGUGUGAAGGAUAUGGAUUUAAAGUAGUUAACUGUCAAGAGUUUGCACUAAGUGCCAAUGCCUCUAAAGAUAUAGUCAUACUGUUUACACCAGAUUUCACUGCUUCCAGAGUCAUCCGUGAGUUAAAAUUCAUCACAGCAGGAGGCUCCGAGUUCGUUUUUGUCUUGAAUGCCUCCCUGCCGUAUCAUAUGCUAGCGACAUGUGCAGAGGCUCUGCCCAGGCCCAACUGGGAGCUCGCGCUCUACGUCGUCAUCUCAGGAAUAAUGAGCGUGCUCUUUCUCUUGGUAAUCGGAACAGCCUAUCUAGAAGCUCAAGGAAUUUGGGAGCCAUUCAGGAGACGCCUCUCCUUUGAGGCGUCGAACCCUCCCUUUGAUAUGGGAAGGCCAUUUGAUCUCAGGAGAAUAGUUGGAAUUUCAUCUGACGGAAACUUGAACGCGCUCGGGUCGGACGCUCAGCACACCUCAUCCCGAGGGAUGUACGGCGCCGGCGGUGCCUCCUCGCGAGCGGGAGCGGGGAGUCACAAGCAGUGCAACGCGGCGGCCCAGCUGCAUGGCGGCAGGAACGCGCCCGACGUGGAGAGCACCAGGGCCCGCGGCAGCUCCAGCCUCCCGAGCAGGACUUCGGCGCCAGGCGCCGCCGUGCCCCGRGCGGGCCCCUUUGCCGCAGACUCGGGCACCCCUCCGCAGGCGCACGGCCCCGGCAGGAGGGCCAGGGGCUCGCGGCAGAGCCAGCCGCCGAGCUCGGCACCGACAGCACCGCCGCUGCCGGAGCAGCCGCCGGAGGCGCCGGCCGAGGGCACCGCGGCGUCGCUGCCGCUGGCCGGACCCCAGGGCGCCGGCAGCAGGAGGCACAGCUCCGAGGACUCGGACCUCACGGGCCUCAUAGAGACUAUGGACAAAGACUUUGAGCACCCAGAAUCCCCGUCCCCAGACGUGUUUACAGAGCAGCCCCCAUCUCCACUAGCAAAAAGCAAAGGGAAAGGGAAGGUACUUCAGCGGAAGUCCAAGCCACAGAAGAAGCGGGAAGAAAAGGAAAGAAGAGGGAAGGGGAAGCAACAGGAAGAUGAACUGAAGGAUUCCUUGGCAGAUGAUGACAGUUCUUCAACCACAACCGAAACCUCCAACCCAGACACAGAAGCACUUCUGAAAGAGGAGCCUGAAAAACAAAAGGGAAAAACUACAUCAGAAAAAACUGAAAAUGAAACAGUCCAAGUAAAACAGAAAAGUAAAAAACUGCUAGCAAAUAUCAAGAAAGAAAUCCCUGUAGAUGUGAAAACCAGUUCUUUGGAAUUGUCAUAUACUCCCCCAGUGGAAAGCAAGCCACGCAAAACCUUUCCAGCUAAGAUACCUACACAGCACCUUCUGACAAAUGGGUCCAAAUCAAGAAACCUCCCCAAAACACGAGGUCCAAACAGUAAGUUAAUGGAGAGCAGGCCUUCAGUGUUAGCAAAAUUUCUCCCCAGUGGGUCUGGACAGGAGCUCGGAAACACCAGCAGCUCAGAAGGGGAAAAGGAUUCUCCGCCACCCGAGUGGGACUCGGUGCCGCUGCACAAAGCCGACAGCUCCACAGACAACCUGUACAAACUGUCUCUCCAAACGCUGAGCGCGGAUGCUUUCCUGAAGCAGCGCCAGCCCUCGCCGACGCCUGCCUCUCCGUCACCACCGCCGCCUCCUCCUCCUCCUGCAGCCUUAGCCUUUGGGCCGCGAGGAGGCACCUACAGCAGCAUCGUGAACAGCAGCUGCAGCAGUGAAACAAAAACCAAGCAGACUAAUGGUACCAAACACAAGCUGGCAAAGGCUGCAUCUCUGCCAGGCUGGAAUGGAAAUCCCACUUUUGCUGCUGUAGCUGCUGGUUAUGAUAAGAGCCCAGGUGGCAGCGGCUUAGCAAAGAUUUCACCAACUAAGACAGAUGUUUCCAGCAAUAUCAGCAUUUCCCACACAGUUGUUGACAGUGAUGGCUCUGACAGUUCAGGUUUAUGGAGUCCCAUCAGCAACCCUGGCAGCCCUGACUUCACGCCCCUCAAUUCAUUCUCUGCAUUUGGACAUUCUUUUAACUUAACUGGAGAGGUUUUUAGUAAACUUGGUUUAGCUCGACCUGCUUAUGGGCAGGAUGUUCAGAGAAACUGGAGUGAAUUCAACAAUGUUCCGUCAUCCAUCUGGGACCCUUCAGCUACAGAUUCUGUACCCUCCUGGCCAACUAGCUCGAGUUCCCCAACUCACACAACUGCAUCGAUCCUGGGCAACCCAAGCGGCCUGUGGUCGAGCACUCCGUUCAGCAGCUCCAUCUGGUCGAGUAACCUCAACAGCGCCCUCCCCUUCGCCACUCCAGCGAACACCUUGUCAGGGAUCGAUCUCAUGGGCAGCGAAAACCCCUCGCCGCCGCCGCCCGCCCCGCCGCCCCCGGCCCCCGUUCCAAAUCCCGCUGAAGACCUGGGACAGACCUACAAUCCUUGGAGAAUCUGGAGCCCCACGAUUGGAAGAAGAAGCUCAGAUCCUUGGUCUAAUCACACUAUCCUCACGAAAACUGAAAUUAAAAGGAAAAACAAACUUCUAUCCAGGUCAUGAUACAAUUCUGAAUGGUAAUUUUUGAAACAUCAUUUUCAGGCUGUUGCUGGUCAUUGCUUUUUUUU